UCCUGGAGGGGUUUUGCGCUUAAAGUGGCAAGGGGUGGCGAGGCAGGUGCAAAACCACAGGACUAGUAAUGGGCGGGGCUGUCACAGUCCAGACGUGCCCUGGCAAGGAUUUGUUUUUCCUUCUCCCGGGGCAUAAAAUAAGAGAAACAGGGAGAGAGAGAGAGUUGAUGGUGGUGCUGUGGUGAACUGAGCACCUGCUUUACUUUAAAUUAAAAGAAAACAUAUACACACAAAACUAUGACACUUUAUGUCAAGUACGUCAGUGUGUGUUUCUAUAUAUGCUUGUGCGACGAUUUCAACAUUUCCUUCACUCUCACGAAUGCGACGCCCCGUAAUCCCAGAGGGACUUGAAAUACCCACGGCAUGUCUCGCGAGCUCGGAGCAGCAGGCGGCUCGAGCUGCUCUGCUCUGCUCUUUGCUGUGUGUGUGUGUGUGUGUGUGUGUGUGUGUUCAGUUACGACACCUCAGUGUAAACAGUCAUGGCUGCCCUGCGCAGGCUUAUCCCUCUGCUCACUAACACCUUAAGAGCAGGGACGCUCGUGGCUCGGGGACAACACACAUCCUCGAGGGCGACGACAACGCUGAAAGUUGUCGCGGCUGGAGCGUGCGUCACCGCCGCGGCCGGAGCUGCCUAUUAUUAUCGCCGCUGCUCGCUCGUCGGUAAACGCUCCGGGUUGAAGAGCCAUGUCGAGGCUCGACUGUUGCAUCUCGCGCUGCCAUCAGUUUCUGCCACCGAUAAGGCUCGGACCUAUGGUCUGGACGAUGGAGAUGUGUACAUGUCGUCCUAUGAAAACAGAUUCCGCCUCUUCAGUUCGGUGGAGCACGAGGGCCAGCUCUACAUGACACCACUCAGCUUCAUAGAGUCCGUGACUAUGAAUGAACCCAAGAGUAGGAGAGGAUGGAAGUCCCUCACAAAAAAGGACUUAGAUAAGAUGCUGGCUGAUACCCCGCCUGUUUGGAAAGGAUCAUCAAAUUUGUUCAGAAAUCUUCGUGAACGAGGUGUCAUCAGCUACACAGAGUAUCUCUUCCUGCUCUGCAUUUUAACAAAGCCCCAUGCAGGCUUCAGGAUCGCUUUCAACAUGUUUGAUGCAGAUGGGAAUGAAAUGGUGGACAAAAGGGAGUUCUUGGUGCUAGAGGAAAUAUUCCGGAAGAAAAAGGUCAGAAAGGAAAUUGCAGAAGACCCGCAAAGAUUUGCCCUGCGGAGCCUGCAGCUGUACGGUCAACGCACAUCCCAGCCGCACAGUGUUCUUGACAAAGACAGUCAGCAUGUGGAGGCCCGCGGCAUGUGGGAUGUUCUCAGACGUGGCACAAGUCAAGUUCUGUUUUCUGAUCUCACCGAGCAGGUGGAUGAAAAGACAGAGACAACGCUGCUGGUGCACUUCUUUGGAAAAAAAGGCAAAGCUGAAUUGAAAUUUGAAGAUUUUUACGAGUUCAUGGACAACCUGCAGACAGAGGUGCUCGAGAUAGAAUUCCUCUCCUACUCCAAGGGCCUGUCCACCAUCAGCGAGGAAGACUUUGCUCGGAUCCUCCUUCGCUACACCAACGUGGACGAUGUCAGCGAGUAUCUGGAGAACGUGCGCCACGGCUUGCCGGACGAAAAGGGAAUCACCUUUGAGGAGUUCAGGUCCUUCUUCCAGUUCCUAAACAACCUGGAGGAUUUCACCAUCGCCAUGCAAAUGUACAACUUCGCCAACCGCUCCGUUGGUCAAGAGGAGUUUACCCGCGCCGUCUACGUGGCCACGGGCAUCAAGCUGAGCCGCCACUUGGUCAACACGGUCUUCAAGAUCUUCGACGAGGACCGCGACGAUAAGCUCAGUCACAAGGAGUUCAUCGGCGUCAUGAAGGAGCGGCUGCACCGCCGCGGCGGGGUGGAAAUCCCAGCAUCAGCGCCUGUCUUAACUGGACGAGCGGUGCCUCCUCGUUGCUCUCUACCAGGGACAGAAGGGUUAAUGCAUGCUGCAGCAUCUUAUUGCCCUAUGUUAGAAGCUUUUAAAUAAACAGGAUGUGGCACACACAGGAAGUGGUCAGCCUAAUGGGAAGCUGUUGCAAGUGGUGAAGCAAACUUAACAGUGUUGCAGGAGUCUAAUUUGAAGUAAUCAGUUUGUCUAACUGCUUUUUGCCUGCUCAGAAGAUAUUGAACUAUUUAUUGAUUGUAAAUAUGUUGAUCAGUUUAAGAUUGUUAACACUGAUUUUAUUUAUUUAACUUAAAGUCCAAUGUUGUCUUAUCACUGCUCUGCCAGUGUGUGUUGUUCAGUUCGAAUCUCCGUUUGUCCCGAGCUCCAUUCGGUACGGUGGCGGCAGCAUUGCUCACAUAUUCACUCUCCCACCGGCUCUGCAGCCCCCUGCACAGAUCAGCUCAGGACAGCACCUCCCCUCCUCCCUGUCGUCCUCCUCCUCCUCCUCUCUCUCUCUGCAGCUAAAAUCCUCCAGGAUCCCCCAGAGCUGCAGCAGGCUUGAACAAACUCAUUCAGUCUGUGGCGUUUUCACUGUUUAACUACAGGCAGCUACCAGUGUUAAUCAUUUCUUAGCUGAUAAAAGAAAAGUGCUAUUUUCUUGCCACUGGCAGGGAUGACCUCUCUAUAAAUAAAUAUGCAAAGAAUUAAAGCCAUGUGUUUGUUCCACUCUUGGGGACACUCAGCUUAAAUUAGUUUUGGAGUAAUACAUUGUAAUUACCUUCCCUUUAUGCUCUCUGAGAAAGAGUUUACACUUCAUCUUCUUUAUAGGAAUCCUCACUUGUACUACGGUACAGUGCAGUGUGUGUGAAUUCUUGAUGGCCGUUGUUUCCUGGUGUAAUGUUUGCUUUGGGUGGAGCUAUGUACUGAAACAAGAUACCAACAUGUUACAUGCUGUAAUAUCAACCAGAUUAGUCCGUCUACCUCUUGGAGAGUUUUUGGAAACUUCUCGCCGUGUGUUGUUCUUUUAAACCAGGCCUCAGCUGUUACACCGAUGCAUUUAUAAUGACAUGGUACAAUAAAUAUAAUGUAAAACA